AUGUUCCGAUGUUUGUGUCCUUUCACCCGGUGCGUAAUAUACCAGCGCUUUGUGCAACUCAAACUCAGGAAAGAAUUUGUUGGUGCCCUCGCAUCGUAUUUGGCUAGUCGUAUUAAAUUCAUUCGAAGGGAAGCCGGCAGGGCUGCACACAACCACCGCUGUAAUGCAGCUGAUGCACCAGCAGCAAGGAGCAGCAGCAGCGGCUGCUGCAGCCGCAGUUGCUGCAGUCGUUGGGACCCAAAUAGACCCAUUACUAUAUUGGAAUGUGGAGCUGGCACAGGAAUUCUAGCCGCUCACCUGCUACCCCUGCUGGAGGAGCAGCUCCAGACAUUUCAACAAUCUGAGAGCAUCACGACACUUAGCGCGAAACAGCAGCAACCCCACCAGCAUGAGGAGCAGAUAUCGGAGCCAUCUGGGCAGGUGCAACCGCUUAUUGGUCUACAAGCCACCGAAGCACUUCUCAGUCAGGCAUUCAGCGAUGGCAACAGCCCAGAUAUUCCCACACAAUCCGCUGACGACUCUGCACAAACAGCCACGAGUGCUGCUCCUGUCUUUUCUUACGUUGCAUCGGAACCUCGAGUGGGGCUGAGAUGGUGCCCUACUGCUUUGGCUGCGACGCGUGAGGGGUGUAGAUCACUGAUGGAACGGCACUGUCCGCAGCUUGUUAUUUGCUGCUGGAUGCCAUUCAAUGUAGACUGGACGGAGAAGGCUCGCCACAGUGGCUGCGCCUGCUGCCGAGAAGUGCAUCAAGGAAGCAGCCACUUCCCUGCGAUGCAGCACCACCACCACUCCCCUUGCCAAGUGAAGGAAUACAUCCUCAUAGGGCAUGCAGAAGGAGGUCUUGUGGGACGCCCGCUUGAGACGUGGGGAAUGCGUUGCCCAGACGCCAGCCACUUGCCUCUUGGAGUUGAUUAUGAAAUCCCUCAAGAGUUAACCCGGCGGCUUCUGCACAGUUCGUCCUGGAGCCCCUCUGAAGAAGAUAUCAGUGGCCCUGAUGCUGAUGAGCAUGCAAUAAUAGGGUCAACAACUAUGGGGGAAAGCGUUAGCAAGAGGCGCCGGGAAAAUAUAGAGGACGAAGAACGGAGCAGCAAAAUGUGGAAGUCAGCCAACAACUUCCGCUCCCUUCCACCAGAUGUUCCAGCAUCAAAAGCAGUUGAUAAUCAAACAAUAGACGGCUAUGUGCGGACAUACUGUUCAUCCUCACAUCAGCAACACGAAGGCGAUUUCCGGGGAAUGGGAAUUAAGCACCAACUGUUGCCUCUGCACGAUCGGCCGUAUUACCGGGAAGGAUUUUUCCGUCUGCCCCCCAAGCCCACUGAAGAAGGGGCGGAAACAGCGAUGGGCGAGGGAACAGGAAGCAGCUUGCUGCUUGAGGAGCUGCGGCGCGCACGACCUCUCAGCCGUAUUCGGACACCAACAGCACGACAGCAGGAACCGUACCAGACUUCUCGAGAUCCACCCCAACUGCGUUCAGUCGACUGCAUUCAGUUUAUCUGCAUAAAGGUUUGUGGCGGUGUGUGA